AUGAAAACAGAACAAUCCCAGAAAACAGGAAAUACUACUGUGGAAAAUGGAAAUGGAAGCAGGAGGAGGAGGUGGAGUGGGGAGUACGUGUCGGAAAUAUACCAGAAUGCGAAGAAGGUGGUGUUGAGGACAAGGGACGCGGUGGAACGCCUGGAGCGCCUCGAGUACCCGAGCGGUAAAGCUGGGAUGGACUCUCCCGAACUCUCAUCCUCGAUCACCAGGGACAUUACCCAAAUCCAAUCCCUCUGCGUCGAGGUGGACCGCCUCUGCCGCUCCCUUCCCUCCAAGUCCCACCGUGAUCUCUGGAAACGAAAAGUUGAACAAGUAGCAGAAGAGGCUGAAUCGUUGAAACAAAGUUUGGAUAAGCAUUCUUUAAGAAAUCAGAAGAGGUUGAUGGAAGCCAAAGAGAGGGCAGAAUUGCUUGGAAGAGCUAACGGGCAAUCUCACGUUUUGAGAAUAUUUGAUGAGGAAGCACAAGCAAUGCAGUCAUGUCUUAAUUCUACCCGGAUGUUGGAAGAAGCUAGUUCAACUGGAGAGGCCAUCCUGUCUGCAAUGUCAGGGUCAAGGGAACGUCUAAAGAAAGCACACCGGAAAGCACUAGAUGUUCUUAACACAGUGGGGCUCUCAAAUUCGGUAUUAAGGUUGAUUGGGAGGCGGCACCAUGUUGAUAAUUGGAUCAAAUAUGCUGGCAUGGUUUUGACAUAUUGCAUAUAUAUAUAUAUAUAUAUAUAUAUAUUAUAGUUGUAUGAUGAAAGAUGCCUUAUAAAAGGCUAUGUUUGGAUAGUAGAUUAUCUCAAAUGAUCUGUAAAUAGUAGUAAAAAAUUGAUAAAAAAAUAAUGAUAAAAUAUUGAAUA